AUGUCAGACAGCCAGGACGACUUCGAGACUGCUCCGGACCACUUCUCGGAGGAGCUGAAAUCUCAUCACGGUAUAUUCCAUGGACUGAAAUUCUAUUUCGCGGACGACAUAAAUAAAGACUAUUACAAGUCUGCGGUGAGCAAGCUGGGAGGAGUGGUUCUGGAGGAGCCCCCCAAGGAGGUGCAACGGGACCAGUACAUCGUCUCACAUGUGAACACCUUCGACUUGCCGACUGUGGAUCCUUUGUUCAUCAGCAACUCGCUAGAUCAGAACACACUGCUUAAUGUGGGGCCAUUUCUGCUUCCCCCGGUGAAUGAGCGGUCGGAAUAUGACGUGGACGUCUCGGACACGUCGCGAAUUGACAGUCGUAUCCGGCAGGCGAGCGCGGCCCAGGCGGAAGAAGAGGACGCGAGGGGCACGCAACACGACGAUGUGGCGUCUGCGGCGGUAGCCGCAGCUGAAGCUGCCUCUCUAGCCCACGAGCACACGCACGCGACAGGGCGUGAUGUGGUCAGACAGAAGAUUGACGACGCGCGCCAGGAGCUCGCAUCUUCCACCCGCAGUGGGGCCUUGGAUACAAACACGGCGCAAAGCGGCCAGGUUGGGGCGGUGGGUGAACCGGCGAAAGCGAUGCUUACGCGUUCGAGCAACUUGCCUCCGCACAAUAAGUCUUCCUUCACAGAGGAGGAAGACGAGUUCAUAUUGGAUGUCGUGCGUAAGAACCCCACCCGGCGCACCACGCAUACACUGUUUGACGAGAUCUCACACUACGUUCCCAACCACACAGGCAACUCGAUCAGGCAUAGGUAUAGAGUCUAUCUUUCGAAGCGGCUGAACUACGUCUACAAGGUAGACGAGAACGGGAAGUUGCUGCGCGACGAAAAGGGAGAAUUCAUAAAGACUGAUGUUCUUCCACAGGGUCUAAAGCGGAAGUUUACAGCUGAUGAGGACUAUCAGCUGGCGCUUAAUAUCAAGAAACAGUUUUACAAGGACAUUUACCAGGUUGAUCCGGAUACUGGCGAGUCGCUCAUCCGCGAUGACGAUGAGCCAAGUACCGUUGCCAAAAGGAAGAUGGUAAUGGAUCCUACGUUUAUUCCAGGUAAGGAACCUAGCUUUCAGGACUAUAAUGUGGGCGACCGGCGUGGUCCUCUUUCCAGGGAAUUCUUCAAGACAUAUGGAGAGAAAUAUCCUUCUCAUACGGAGAACGCGUGGAGAGAUAGGUUCAGAAAGUUCCUGUUAAACUACGGUAUUGACGAAUAUAUUGCCUACUAUGAAAAUGAACAGGCCCACAACCGCGUCCCUGAACCUAUGAAGAAUAUGACAAACAGAGUUAAGCGCCCUGGACCUGCUCCUGGUAACUAUAAUAAUGCCAAGAAGGUUAAGUUUAUGUCACCAACUUCUCAGCAGGCGCACUCAGCUUCUACCAACCAGUACACCAUACCUCAGGAUGACUUGCUAGAUGAAGAGACAUUAAGCUUUAUUACUGGCUUGAAAAGAGACUUAUCCAGAAUGGAAAGCCAUCAAAAUCAGGCACCUGAUAUUCCAUUUGAGUACACUCAGGAGCUAGCUGAAUCGAUUCGGAAUAAUUUUACAAUGGAGGAGACACAAUUCGAUAACAUCAAUCCAGAUGAGAUUCCAUUCCCUCCUCAAAUUGCGACAACUGACCUAUUCAUGCCAGAAUUCUUUCAUUUUGCUACAACUAGAGACUUCCUAAACAAAGUUCAUGAAAUUGUCAACAGAACUUAUCAUACAUCCCAAGCCGAAAAACUGGUUGAAGAUCUACGUGACGAAUGUGGUAUCCGUAAAGCGUUCAGUACGUCUAUCUUGACAGCUUUAUCAGGCGAUUUGAUGGUCUUGCCGAGGUACUUCUUAUGUGCCUUCCGCUACUCUGCCAAUCCGCCUAUGAAUGUUCCUGGUAUCUGGACUAAAGAAGAUGACGAAAUGCUGAAGAAUAAUUCAGAUGAAGACAUGAAGCUUCUAAUCAAGAAGCAUGGGAGCGGCAGGAUUGAGAUGAGAAAGAGAUUCCACCAGAAUGAUCUUGUGUAA